GGGAGCCUCGUCAUCCUAUUAGUCAAUCGUGUAAAAUGGAGACGUAUGAAGAGUUGGAGCAGUUUCAGUGCAUCAUCUGUAUGGAGCUUGUUUACAAGCCUAUAGUGCACGCAUGUGGUCACUAUUUUUGUUUUUGGUGCGUUAACAAGGCCAUGAGGGGCGAUUUCAAAAGUUUCUGUCCUCUUUGCCGGCGACCUUACAUGCACUUCCCUCGAAUUUGCGAACAGCUUCACUUCAUCCUACUCAAAUCUGCCCAUGACAAGUAUCUUAACCGAGCUAGAGAGGUUCAGAAGGAGGAAGAUGAGAGAGGUGUUUUCUCUCCUCAACUUGAUGAUUAUGGACUCCGCAGCAGAAAUACACCUUUUGAUAUCAACAGGCUCGUAACUCCCUCGAGGAAGACGUCAGAAGUAGCAUCGUCUGCUGAUGCUGAGACCGUGGUUUCUUCUAAUCAGAGUACCGAAUUGGGAAGUGUCUGCUCUCCGAAUUCCUCUAGCAGCAACGUCACCAAACUUUGUAUUACCAAGCAGACGGAUUUGGUAUGGCCCAUACUGAUCAGCGAACCCAGUUCUUCUUCUAAAGGGAAAGCUCCUGUGGCUGAUGAAGCAGAAAUUGAUUUUGAGGUUCAAGAAAUGCCCACACAAGACGAGGAUUCGAAUGACUCACUCUCACAUCUUGUAAUUACAGCCUCGGACUUGACCUGCUCGCAUUGCUGUAACCUUCUCUAUCGACCAGUAGUCUUAAAUUGUGGGCAUUUAUUUUGUGAGCAUUGUAUAGUGGUUGGCGAUGACGAUUCGAUAAAUUGUCCUUCAUGUAAAGCAGAGCAUCCUGAAAUGUUUCCGCAAGUAUGUCUAGAGCUUCAAUAUUACAUAGACAAGAUUUUCCCACUAGAGUAUGCUCGUCGCUCUGUUCAAGUCACCGCAGAGAGACGGGAACGGCCGAAGAACAUAUCGCAGCUGUCGAUGUUCGCAGACCAUGAAGUCUCAAUGAAAGCGAGCACAAGGAAAAAACUACAUGGUCCAAUACACACCACAGUUGGUUGUGAUGGCUGCGGAAUGAGGCCGAUCAUUGGGAAACGAUUUAAGUGCGAAGACUGUCCAGACGCUGUUGGUUUUGAUUUUUGUGGCAAGUGUUAUGAAUCUGGUUGCGUUGUUGGAAGAUUCAACCAGCGGCAUACUCUUGAGCACCGUAUGAAAGAGGUGCGGCUUCCUAGCCUUGGAAGGCCGAUUUAGGAUGCUGUGGCGAACAGAGGGCAUGAGCAUCAUGGACCUCGUAAAUAUCAUUAGUGAAUUCAAUGAAUGAAUUCAGGUCGAAAUGAGACAUCCAAUUAGUGUAAAUAGUGGUACUGCGGAAGGUAUUGGUGGUGAUGACUUGGAAGGUUUCGGUCCUGAGCGAGUUGCCAGUGCUGGUGUAGAGAGUUCCUUUGACUCUACUGAAGAUAGAAUUCUUCAGGUAGACUCUGUACAAGAUGAUGGUGAUGGUGACAAUGAUAUAAUUUUACCCAAUGAAGGUGGAGACGAGUAAUACGCCGCCCAGAACGAUGAAGAGUUUGAGAGAUUAGAAUGUACAUACAACUUAGAAAUUUAACUUUGGCACGGUAUCGCACUGGAGGAUAUUUUGUUCUGGAGUGCGCCAAUCAGAAUGCGGUCUUCACUGGAUUUAGCCUAUCCUUCUGAAGCAUAGGAAACAGUCCAUGAUUUUGUUAGUAUUUCAACAUGUUUUUUAGUUAUUGUCAUCAUGUCAACAUGACGCUGUUCAUAGUUCUCAGAGCCUGAUUCUUCAACCGCAAGAGUUGAUUGCUUCAAGCAACGUGCUGCAGCAACAUGAAGUCCAGUAUUAGUGAUGCUGUGAGUAACGUCGCAGGUAGUAUUCCUUCCGCAUAUUUGUUCAAGUGGGUCCAAACCAACAAUAGUUUCAAUUUGGGCCGAGGUUUUGCAAUGAUUUGGUAGCUGGAACCAAGUGGUUUUUCCAAGGAAAUGCAGCAUCAAUCAUCCA